AUGGUAAAGAUCGCCCUGGGCGGCGACGGCCGGGCCGCCUAUGUGGAACAGGCAGGCCUCCGGCCACUGGGCGGCCAUUUGGAGGAGAUGCCAGACUUGGCACAGAUGCCGCAGCUGCCAGAGGGCACCGGCUCUGCCCCAACGAAGGAGCCGCGCCAGGUGGUGCAGGACCGUAACCAGGUGCUUGAGCCCGAGCCGGACCCAGGGGAUGAUGACCUGCAUGCGGCGCGGGGGCAGGACCCAGCUGCCGCCGAGGAGCCCCCUGGGUCAUCAGAAUGCGUGCCUAACUCGCGCGCUCAGUGGAGCAUCCAACGCGCGCCGGGGGCAAAGGAGCCCCGGUUCUACUACCUCAAGCCGCAGCGCUUGCUCUGCAUGCGGCUGAAGCGUGGCGAGGAGCUGGGCCAGUAUGCCUCGAACGUGCUGGAUGCUGUGUUAGAGAUCGUGAACAUGUCCAAGCAGAACGUCGAUCGCGUUGACACGUUCGAGGGCAAGGGCUGCACCAUUCUCCCCCUGCUCCACGCGCAGGGCGUUUGGCGAUCCGAGUUCAUCAGCGCACUCGCCACUUUGCAUUGCCCUCGCGGCCCACCCCUGCAAGCGGUGGGCUUCGCGUCGAACCUGAAGGACCGCACCCGUGCGAUGAACUUGAGCCUGGCAACAGCGCUGGCAAUGGAUCUCCUUUCAGGCCGGCUCGUCGGGACCAAGAUCCGCGAGCUGAUGAAGCACACGCCAGUGCUGGCACGCCUCGUGGCCGAGGCGCUCGAAGUCAAGGACCGAGCGGAGGGGAAGAUGCCACCUCUGCCCACUCCAGAGGAGAACUACGACUUUGCGGCGAACCUGAUGCGCCGCGCGGGCUACGUCCUCCAUGGCGAUCCGAAGUUCUGGUUCGCCAUCGGCCGGGUUGGCGAAGGUGAUCCUGUGUAG